UUCCCAGGUUGUGACUUGUAUUUAGGUGUUUCCGCGCGGUGCAGAUGUCACGCAGCUGUCACGGUAAAACGCGUUCCUGUGUGAUGAGUGAAGGCCUCUGAGAUCUAACCCGCAGGCUCACAGUCACGUGACUGAAGGCUGCAGCCGUGGACAGCAGAGGCUCUGAGAGGAACACAGCUGAAUCAUGCGUGGGCUCAUCUGUGGACCGAAACUCGCAGCGUGUGGGGUCGUGUUGAGCAUAUGGGGCGUGAUCAUGUUGGCCAUGCUGGGUAUUUUCUUCACGAUGCAUUCAGCAGUGCUGAUUGAAGAUUUGCCUUUGACAGAUGAAGACACCUUUAAAAAUUCGACCACUCCUCAGAAGGUCUAUGAUCUGUACCAGAAGGUGGGCUACAACUGCUUCAUAGCAGCUGCUGUGUAUGUGCUGUGUGGAGCGUUCUCCUGGUGCCAGAUGAGGCUCAAUAAGCAGAAGGAGUAUUUUGUGCACUAGCACCACCUGGUGGACAGAAGAGCUCACUGCCAGCAGGAGGCUAGGUGCUGAUUCUCAGCUGUUCUUCAAUCACAACCUCAGGAUUUCAAUGACCUCGUCACAUCUGCAGGGACUGGACGCUGUGUGAGAACAUAUUGAAUGAAAGUAUUUCUACCUGUGAUUACAGGUGCUCUACUUAUUAAAACUGCCUACAACUCCAUGAUUAAAUGAUUAAAAAAACUUGAAGUCUGUAAAACAUUUUUGUUGUUCUUAAAUAAGAGAAUAUGUUUGUGAUCACGGUGAUCAGUGUUUGUGUUAAUCAAAUUAAAUCAUUCAUUUCUGUCUGAA